UAGUUGUCAGCACCAUGUCGCAGCUCAGACCAGGUGUCCUGCAGGCAGCCAUGAUGGCCAACGCUACGCAGCAGUUAGACAUCCCCGUUCCAGCUGCAUACACGUCUGGGGAAGGGGUGAUGGCCGACAGUCGGUAUGAGGUCAAGAUGUUGGGCUGGAACACUCCACCAGAGUACAUGGACUUUGUCAGCCCUCACUGGAAGACCUUCGAGGCGCCUAACCCUUUCCUGCACUACAUGUUGGGGGUGUUCUACAUCGGCUUCAUGUUCGCAGCUCUCAGCGGCAAUGGCGUUGUCAUCUGGGUCUUCUCCAGCGCCAAGAGCCUUCGAACGCCAUCCAACAUGUUCGUCGUUAACUUGGCCAUUCUGGAUUUCAUCAUGAUGCUGAAGACGCCCGUUUUCAUCAUGAACUCCUUCAACGAAGGGCCCAUCUGGGGCAAAAAAGGAUGUGACAUGUUUGCUCUCAUGGGCUCCUAUUCCGGCAUUUCUGGGGCCAUGACGAAUGCCGCCAUUGCCUACGACAGAUACAAGACCAUCGCCUAUCCCUUCGAAGCCAAGAUGAGCAGCGGGAAAGCCUUUUUGAUCGUGCUCGGAACUUGGGCCUACGCCACACCUUGGUGCAUCAUGCCCCUGCUUGGUAUCUGGGGGAGGUUCGUGCCAGAGGGAUUCCUGACCACCUGUUCAUUCGACUACCUCACUCCCGAUGAAAACACCAGAACUUUCGUGGCUUGCAUCUUCUUCUUCUCGUACAUCGUGCCAGGAUUCUUCAUCGUCUUCUUCUACAGUCAGAUUUUCAGCCACGUCCGCCAACACGAGAAAGCCAUGAGGGCACAGGCCAAGAAGAUGAACGUGUCCAACCUUCGAAGCGUUGGCAAUAAGGAGGAACAGGACAAGACAGCUGAAAUUCGCAUCGCCAAAGUGUGCAUGGGGCUGUUCUUCAUGUUCUUGGUGUCAUGGACACCAUAUGCCGUGGUCUCUCUCAUUGGAGCGUUCGGCGACAGAACUAUUCUGACACCUCUGAUCUCCAUGUUACCCGCCCUUUGUUGCAAGGCUGUUGCAUGCGUCGACCCAUGGAUAUACGCCAUCAAUCAUCCAAGAUACAGACUGGAGUUGCAGAAGAGACUGCCUUGGUUCUGCAUUCAUGAAGAUAAGCCUCAGGACAAUGCCUCACAGUCCAGCAACGCUACAGAGAAGGCUUAAGGAUGGAAGAUGAGACCUUUUCAUCUAAAGGAACGUAUUGAAAUUGAAAAGAAAGCAGUUCCUGAUUUAUUUGCUCUCCCGAGGUUAAAACAUAACGUAACUUAACAGGACCUUAAAUACAUUAUUAUUGCUUUUGCCGAUGUCUGUUUGAGACACUUCACCAAGACCAAAGUUAUACGUCCACCAAGACUUACAUUUCAACACGCCUUACCUCUUCGAGGACCAUAAUUGGAGCAAAUGAGGCUUUCAUUUUCGAUUCGUGAACCUUCAGCGCAAACGAUGUUUAUAUUUUGAUGACAACGAACUACGCUCUUCGGAAAAAAGGAUAAUGCAGCGGACUUCAUUCAAAGCCUCCAUAGAUUUCUCUCACCCUAGUUAAAAGUCAGUUUUUUUAAAUACUUUUAAAAACCCAGAGAUGAAUUUGUUUACAUUAAGAACUUACUGUGUUAACAAAAUCCUUUUCAGGACUUUCCAAUGUUCUAGAAACCCUGUUCCACUAGCAAAUAAACCAAGCAUUCAGAA